ACGCUCUGCGUGAUGGGGCUAUGUAUAGAAUAUCUGCGUUUGACGUCACUAGAAGCAACACCCGUUUUAAAUUGUCGGAUUUCCACUUUUCUAUACGGUUCACAGCAGCAACUCUUUUUGAGGAGGUAGAAGAGUCUUUCUGUGUUAUUCCAAAAGAGUUUUUCCGCUUAAGGACUCAUGAAGAGUUAGUGUUGCUUGCAAACACCAAUACGGAGCUCCCAGAUGUCAUGGGCGAAGUAGUUUCCACCAAAGCGUAUCGUAAUGGGAUGUCACAAACUUUGGAGAGGAUGUUAGUUCAUCUGCGUCUUCAAAGUGGUCAGAAUGUCCGUCUAAGUGCAUUUGACGACCAGGCAACCUCAAUGGAGAAAGUCUUUAGCAAGAAUGAUGAGGGGACUUAUAUACUCUUAGCGACCAAUAUAAACCCAAAUAUCUUUUUUGUUUUAAAAUAUUAUGUCAUUUCUAACCCAGCCAUACUCUCCAGGUGA